CUUCCGGGACGCGCCAGUCAGGGCCAGUUUCAGGGAACCACUUCGAAACCAAAAGGGGAGCAAACCCAGCAGAAAAUGGUCGAAGGAAGGGAGAGGGGUACUAUGCAGGCCGGCAAGGCAGCCGACUGGCGGGCGGGCGAGCAGCUGCAGUCCGGGUCGGCGCGCCUUCGGCAGUAGCAUAUUUCAGGCCUGAUUCAGCGCGGAUCCUCCUCGGACCGUGGGCUCAGAACCCCAGCCGUGCCGGGUUGCAAUCCCCAUCCCAGAUAUUGGGGCAGAGGGGCCGGGCCCGGAGCCCGGUGAGGCUGAAUUAUUCAUCUUUAAUCUGCCCGCAGCUGCCGCCUUUUCAUACCGGUAACGCGAGUUCUCCCGGGGCCUAAAUUAUUGAUGUCCGGGUUUAUAGGGAGGGGAGGGGAGAAGAGCGGGACCAAGGAUGGGGAGACUAUGGGGAUAUGAGGUGUAAGAUAAGAGGUGCUGGCCUCCGGGAGCCUCUCGACUAGAGGCCUCGGUCCAGGGGCUUCUCCCAAGCUUGUAUUGGUCUCCCCAGAAUAAGAUGGGAGAGAGAGCCCGCUUUCUCCGAAACUCGUUUGAGGCCAUGGGCUGCAGGUUGUCGACCUUGUCUGGCCUGACUCUGCGGCAAGAAGUCUCUGCGGUUAGAUUGCUGAGGAACUGCAGCUGUAGGUUAAUCAAUCGCUCUAGGUGCAGGGUUUCUAGGCUGCUUUAGGCCGCGGAAAAUGGGACAAUCGGCAGCGGCCACGAGCCUGGCACCGGGUGCGCUUUUCGGCUUCCAGAUUGGGAGCCCCCACUUAGUGGGACUGGAAAUCAAGGGCUUUGCUCUGGCCGGUGGAACAUCCGCCUUUACUGUUAGGUUUCCUGGACAGCUGCCGAGGAAUGAGAGGUCAGAGGGUCCCGAACUGGCUUAGACUGCAACACCAAGUGUCUCUGAGUCCUAAGCCGGCAGGUGGGGUCCCUACCAAGCCAUCUGGGGUUGGGGGAGACUGGGAGGGACAGCCGGGAGCAGUGAGCAGAGAACCCCAACAGCCAGCAUUCUUCAGCGGCUGCCGGCUGCCAGGAAGAGAAGGAGUCUUAACCGCCUCUUGUCUCUGAGCGCAGCAGAUUCCGAAUCACUACCUCUGAGCCAUUCCUUCUCCACCUGGAUUUCAAAACCUUAGAUAUUAGGGAUGCAGAGGAGAAAUACGGCUCAAAAUACCAGAAGACAGAAACCAUAAAGGGAAGAAAGAACUCCCGUUGAAAACAAAAUGGAAAAACAGGGAAAGAGGAAACCGUACAAUUACAAUUAAAAAUAAAUCCAAGGGGAGAGGUACGCAACGAAGCUAAAAAGGGGGUGCGUUUGACUUAGUCCCUCUCUAUACGGAAGACUCCUCUGAGCUGAGUCAAGAGGACCCCCCACCCUCCAAAAUCAUCUGGCUCCGAGCCCUUGUGAUACCCAAGCCGCGCCUAGCCUGCGGUGCAGGCGGGUUCCUAGUGGGCAGCAAUGCUGACCCUGACCCUGUCCUUCCCCUCCCCGCCACCCUACUUCCAUUCCUACUGACAUUAUUUCCCCUCUGUCGGUUAUUUCCCUCUCCAUUUCCCGCCUCUGCUCGCUCUCCUGGCUUCUCUACUCUUCCUGGGCUCUCUCCCUGGCAGCGCACUAGUCUGAGAGGCGGCUGUACAGCUAGCCGGGGUCUGGUAUCUAGCCCUCCUCUGUCUUGCAUGCCCACCUUUCUCCCGGGACAUGCCCCUUAGCCCUGCCUGCUCCCUUCCCACGUGGCGGGCCUCGGACCCUGACUAAUGGCCGGUCCCUGCUGUGUGUGGGGUGUUGUGUUUUUUUCUUGUCUCUCCCCAGCAGGGCACGGGGGUGUGAACCAGCUUGGGGGGGUGUUUGUGAACGGCCGACCCCUACCCGACGUGGUGAGGCAGCGCAUCGUGGAGCUGGCCCACCAGGGUGUGCGGCCCUGUGACAUCUCCCGGCAGCUGCGGGUCAGCCAUGGCUGUGUCAGCAAAAUCCUGGGCAGGUACUACGAGACUGGCAGCAUCAAGCCCGGAGUGAUUGGUGGCUCCAAGCCCAAGGUGGCAACGCCCAAAGUGGUGGACAAGAUUGCUGAAUACAAACGACAGAACCCGACCAUGUUCGCCUGGGAGAUCCGGGACCGGCUGCUAGCUGAGGGCAUCUGCGACAAUGACACAGUUCCCAGCGUCUCAUCCAUCAACAGGAUCAUUCGGACCAAAGUUCAGCAGCCUUUUCACCCAACACCGGAUGGCGCAGGGACAGGAGUGACUGCCCCUGGCCACACCAUCGUUCCCAGCACGGCCUCCCCUCCUGUGUCCAGCGCCUCUAACGACCCAGUCGGAUCCUACUCCAUCAACGGGAUCCUGGGCAUCCCUCGCUCCAACGGAGAGAAGAGGAAACGUGAUGAAGAUGUGUCCGAGGGCUCUGUCCCCAACGGAGACUCCCAGAGUGGUGUGGACAGUUUACGGAAGCAUCUGCGGGCCGACACCUUCACCCAGCAGCAGCUGGAAGCUUUGGAUCGAGUCUUCGAGCGUCCUUCCUACCCUGACGUCUUCCAAGCAUCAGAGCACAUCAAAUCGGAACAGGGGAAUGAAUACUCUCUCCCGGCCCUGACCCCGGGGCUUGAUGAAGUCAAGUCCGGUCUAUCUGCAUCUACCAACCCCGAGCUGGGCAGCAAUGUGUCAGGCACACAGACCUACCCCGUCGUGACUGGUCGUGAUAUGACGAGCACCACUCUACCUGGUUACCCCCCUCAUGUGCCCCCCACUGGCCAGGGAAGCUACCCUACCUCCACCCUGGCAGGAAUGGUGCCUGGGAGCGAAUUCUCAGGCAACCCGUACAGCCAUCCCCAGUACACCGCCUACAACGAGGCUUGGAGAUUCAGCAACCCCGCCUUACUAAGUUCCCCUUAUUAUUAUAGUGCCGCCCCCCGGGGCUCCGCCCCUGCCGCUGCUGCCGCUGCCUAUGACCGCCACUAGUUACCGCGGGGACCACAUCAAGCUUCAGGCAGACAGCUUCGGCCUCCACAUCGUCCCAGUCUGACCGCCCACCCCAGAGGGAGGGAGGACCGAAGCGACGCGCUGCCACUCGGCCACCAGUCCCACCCCCACCUCCAGAUGCCCCACACCCCUCCCCGCAGCCCUCCACGUCCCCCUGCCGAUGGCCCGACAGGACCGGUGGAGCCGCGGGUGGGACCCUCAGGCCCGGGCUCACCGCCAGCCCCGCCUGCCGCCCCUCCCCGCCUGCCUGGACCACCGAGCCGCCCGGCAGCCCGCCCGCCUCCGGCCAGCGCGCCCGACACGUCUCUGUGACACACAAUCAGCGUGGCCCACCCGGGGGCAGCCCGCUUCCGACGCCCGGGCGCCGGGAGGCUUCGCUGGAGCAAGGGAAACUAAGGAAAGGACUCUGUGCUGGAGGAGGAGCCGCGAGCGGAACCCCGGGGAAACUCCUGCCCCACCCCCGUGCCUGCCACGCUGACCCCGCCUUCCGUCUGCGUCCUGCCCCCGACAGUGGCGCCGGGACGCCAGGAUCGGACUCGAGGGGCAGCGUCUGCGACGUCGGAGUUUUCCGAGGCUGGUACCCAGACGCCACUGAGCUCGUCCACGCGAACUGCCUGGUUCCCCAGGGCUGGGAUCUCCUCCUGCAGAGACUCUACUCUCGGCCCGCCUCGUCCCUACCUCAGCGCCUCUCAUCUGCUGGCCUCUCACUUUCCCCUCCUGGUAUCCUCACCCCACGACGCCUGUGUCUGGUCCCCAGAACGCAGCGCCGUCGGGGCCACCGCGGGAACAGUUUCCUCCGACUGCGGCUGCGAGCACUGGCCUCUCCCAACAAUAACUCGCUGCCCCCCACCCCAAACUCCCAACCCGCGGGCCGUAGGAGCCAGGAGCGAACUGACGACCGAGCGGCCCGGAGAUGGGAACUGGAGGCUGCUCGUUCCCCCACCCUCAGCCUUCCCUCGGGCGGGAGCUGAACAUAGCCG